AUGUCUUCAAAGAGGGCAACCGUUGAGACAGAUGAUACAGAUUAUUCAAGUGACACUGACCAUUUUAUUGCACAUCUUCGUGAUUCUAAGAAAUCUUGUCGAUCUCGAGGAUGCAAACAUUCUUGUACAAAAGAAGUAAAUGAUUCGCCUGAGGAUAAUAUAAUAAAGAGUGCAUCUAUAUUAGAGCUUGAAUCAAUCACUUUAAAGCAACUGUUGGAGGAAACAAAAACCUUGUUAAAGGAAUUUCCAAAGGAGGAUGUAUCCUCUUUUGCAACCAAAAUUCAAAAUCUCGAAACUCGAAUGGAUAAUGUGACAACUACUAUAAAUGAUAGUUUCUACUGUAAUGACACUAAAGGUGAAAACGAGAAAAAGUAUGCAACUGUAAUGGAAGAAAUUGAAAAAGUUAAGGACAACACUGUGGUGUUGUCAAAGUCGACCACGUUAACAACGGAAGAAUUAGAAAAGACACUCAAAACGGUGAAAGCAACUCAGAGUUCAAUUAGAUCAAUAAAUGCAAAGCAGAAAAAUAUGCAAAAUAUGAUAAACGAUCAAAGAAAUUUAUAUAAUCAGUUGAUUAUUAAGCAAGACUGCUUGGAAAAAUCCAUAAGCGAUAUUCAAUUAUUCUUACAAUUAAUGUUACCGCGUUUGAUAAAAGUGGAGAAUGCUGUUUUUAACUUGCAAACUGGCGACAUUCAAGGAGAAGGCAGUCAAGAUGGUGAAAAUUACUCUAAGAUGAAGAAAAAGAGAAAGCUCGAUUAA